GGAGAAUGCGCUGCUCUGAGGAGCCACACCCCAGCCAGUGAGCCGGUUCCCUGCGUGGGCGCCAGGGCUCAGCUGUUCCCUCCGCCAGAGUGUGCGCGGGGGGGAGACGGGGUGGCGCCCGCGCGAGGCCGAAGCCCUGGGUCGGGCUCCAGCCCACCAAGGGGCAGCAGCAGCGGUGGCUUUGGCCUGGGGGCGUGUCCAGGCUCCUCAGCCAUGACCGCGGCAGUGUUCAUUGGGUGCAGCCUCAUCGCCUUCGGGCCGGCGCUGGCUUUGUGCGUCUGCACCAUCGCCGCCGAACCGCUGCGCCUUGUUCUUCUCAUCGCUGGAGGUUUCUUCUGGCUGGUCUCGUUGCUGCUUUCUUCCCUUGUAUGGUUCAUUGCAGUGCAGAUUGGUGGGAGCAAUAGUGCAUCAGUAAAGAAAAAUUUGCUCAUCUUUGGAGUGGUGUUCUCUGUCCUGCUCCAGGAAGUCUUCCGAUUUGCCUAUUACAAACUGUUAAAAAAAGCUAAUAAGGGCUUAACGACUAUAAGCCAGGAGGAAACCAUACCCAUCUCUGUCAGACAGUUGUCCUAUGUGUCUGGCCUGGGUUUUGGGAUCAUGAGUGGAAUAUUUUCUCUUGUGAAUAUCCUGACUGACUCCUUGGGACCAGGCACAGUGGGUAUUUAUGGAGAUUCUCCUCAGUACUUCGUGGCUUCUGCAUUCAUGACUUUGGCCAUUGUUCUGCUGCACAUUUUUUGGGGCAUUGUAUUUUUUGAUGCUUGUGAAAAGAAGAAGUGGUGGGCACUGGCACUCGUCAUCCUGAGCCAUUUGCUGGUAUCAGGUCUGACUUUCCUGAAUCCGCAGUACGAAGGCAGCCUAGUGCCAUCUUACAUUAUCAUGAUGCUUAUGGGUACCUGGGCUUUCUUCACUGCUGGUGGCUCCCUUAGAAAUCUGAAACUGUGUCUGAUGUGCAGAGACAAGGACUUCCUUCUAGCCAACCAGCGCCCCAGAUAACCUCUAAGCAUCUGGAUUUUACCCAUCCAUCUCUACAUGUUUAGUGAAAGCACAACUGGUGCCUGCUUGACCUUCCUUGAAUGCUAAGUUGAGAUAUUUAUGUAUUCCUGUGUAACUUGGCUUCUUUCAGCAGCUGUCUGAACUGCAUAUGUGAGUGAAAUCUCCUUAAGAGUACCCAGAAAUUAGACAAUUUACAUAUUAGCUGCUGCUUUAUGCACUGAGUUUGGGCUGAGUUAAUAGAACAAAUGAACAAAUAUAAAACAUGGAUAGACUAGAUUUAAAACUAAAAGGCUGUCUGCUAACUUCAGUUGUGAACUACACAUCCACUUUGCUAUGGAAUUAAUAAAGAUAACAUUUUAUUGUGCCACACUGAACUUCUAGAUGCAAUAAUGAAAAAACACAGUUUUCCUAUUGUGUUUUAGCCAAAGUUAAGAUGUUUCCUUUUUUAAAAAGUUAUAAUAUUUAAUAGUUAGGAUUUCUGAAUUGUUAAAAUAUGUUUUAGAGCAUAGUGCAAUAAUUUCUCUGUGUAAAUAUUAGAAAUAAAUAUUCCUUCAGGACUACAUUGUAUGUAUAGCAGAGAUGAGACACAAAGGACCAUAA